GGUAGUGAUGAUGACACACAUCAUCAUCAGCAGCAGCACCAGCCUCUUCCAGAAGUUUCCUCGCACAGUUUCCACAUCGGUGGGAACACAUGGGUGCUGCUGUUUUGAAGGGGUGUUUUAUUUAAUGUUAAGUUUGUGUAGUAUAAGUUGAGUGACAUCGUCUCGGUGAAGAGUAGGACGUUGUCUACGAACAGUGACUAGGGAAGCUAACCUUGACAGUUAGCUAGCCGCUAGUGUCCGCAGCAGGGACAGCUGUAACCUGGCCCUCAGUCGGGACCACUGGGUGUGAUGUUGGCACUGGAGAGAAACUCAAGCGUCAUGAUGUUUUUUUUGAAGUGAAAGAAGAAGUGACCGGUUGUUGACAUGGGUAAAGAUUACUAUAAAGUGCUAGGAAUAGCCAAAGGUGCCACCGAAGAUGAGGUAAAAAAGGCAUACAGAAAACAGGCCUUACGCUUUCAUCCCGAUAAAAACAAGUCUCCUGGAGCAGAAGACAAAUUCAAGGAGAUAGCUGAAGCCUAUGAUGUCCUCAGUGAUGCCAAGAAAAAGGACGUUUAUGAUCGCUUUGGAGAAGAAGGAUUAAAGGGUGCACCUGCUAGUGGAGGACACACUGGUCAAAGCUACAACUACACCUUCCAUGGAGACCCUCACGCAAUGUUCGCUGAGUUCUUCGGUGGCCGCAGCCCUUUCGAUCAUUUUUUCCCACAAAAUGGGCACGAUGACAUGGACAUCGACGACCCUUUUGGGCAGUUUGGCAUGGGAAGAAUGGGAGGCAUGGGUGGCAUGGGUGGCAUGGGUGGCUUCCAAAGGUCCUUUAAAUCCCAACAAGGUGGCCCCCGCAGAGCGCACGAGAAGAAGAAGGACCCGCCCGUCAUGCACGAGCUGAAGGUGAGCCUGGAGGAGGUCUUCUCGGGCUGCACCAAAAAGAUGAAGAUUUCCCGCAAGAGACUGAAUCCGGACGGCUGCACCAUGCGCAACGAAGACAAGAUUUUAACAGUCGACAUCAAGCGCGGCUGGAAGGAGGGGACGAAGAUCACCUUUCCCAAAGAGGGCGACGAAACUCCCAGCAACAUUCCUGCAGAUGUGGUGUUUGUAGUAAAAGAUAAACCCCACCCGGUGUUCAGAAGAGAAGGCUCAGAUAUUAUCUAUCCUGCAAAGAUAUCCCUCAGAGAAGCGCUGUGUGGAUGCACAGUCAACGCCCCUACACUCGAUGGAAGGACCAUCACUGUGUCCUCCAGAGACGUUGUCAAACCUGGGAUGAAAAAGCGAAUUGCUGGAGAGGGGCUCCCUCUAUCCAAGUGCCCCGAGAAGAGGGGCGACAUGGUCCUGGACUUUACGGUGAAAUUUCCUGAAAAACUGGGCCAAAGCACACGAGAUGCACUCAAGCAGAUCCUUCCACCGUAACAAGUUAACAUUUCCAGCAACACACUCCUCUGCUUUUUUGACCGGACAUCUGAGGCUCAGGGCAGAUUUGGUUCGCUCUAAUGAGCGUCUAAAGACUUGGAAACUGACCGAGCAGCUUACAUAAGGGUUUGUGUGUGCGUUCAGUGGAGGUUGAUUAACAGGUUUACAUCAAAAUAUAUCACACAUUUCAAACAAAUUUGCAAAAUGAAACGUGAAUGAAUACAAGUUCCAUCCACUCCCUUUAUGCAAUUAGGAGAAAAUGGGUUCAAAGAGAUAAGCAGCAGAGCAGUCCGGGAACCAUUUUACCUUUUCAGAAAAGGGUGCAACAGUAGGUCAUUUAGAGCACCAGUCAAAGCUGAAAAACAGUAUAGAAACUGGAUGGAAAUAACCCGUUUCUGUUUGUGUCCUGUAUUAACGUGAGGAGGUAUUACAUCUGGCCUGUGUGGAGCCAUUACUUUUAAUCUGCCGCUUAUUCUCAGCCCCUUUAGUGGAUGUUGAACUUGCAUGAUUCAUGUACGUCAUCAUUUAUUUGCUAAAUCUGUUUCCAUUGCACUUUGUCAAAUGUAGUUUUUAUCUUCACACCAUCUCUUUCAGCUGAGCCUAGCAUUAAAAUAUUUUUUGCGGUAAAUAGAGGAAAGUAUAUAGGAUAAGUCUGUAUGAAGAACACUUAAAAAGUUGUCAUGUCAGGUAUGGUUGCAAGAAGGACACUCAGUGUUUUUAAAGUAACAGUAGCAGUUUUUUGGAGUGUUUUUAAAGGAGCACGGAGCCCGCUGAUUAACAAUACCUCAGGUGCAGUGACGCAUGCUUUUAUGUGAUUUGAACUACAUUACCCAACAGGACAUGAGUUCUGGUUGCCUUAAUAUCGAGUAAAGGCUAAAAUACAUCCUGAGAGGUGAAAUCAUUGGAUCUGACCCUCGGUAUUAGCACCAAAAAUUACUUUUUGAAGGAGAUCAGUGUUAGCCAGAUGUAACUGAUUAACGUUAAAUAAUAUAUAUUCUUUGUCAAUUUAGUGUUUUAGUUAUCUACACUCUUUGUCACAGCAAACGGCAGUUUUUAGGGCCCGAUCUCAAACUGACUUUAAAAAUCCAUCAAUGUUCAACCGCCUAUCACGAGUUCGGUUGCGUGGGUUUAAAUUCCAGCAGAGGGCCCCAAACUUCCCUUUCUAGAAACAUAUAAUAAAAAAAUAUGCACAACCUAAAAAUGUGUAAACAUUAUAAAUGUUCAUUUAAAUGUUGUCAGAUUUCAGAUUUAAGGUAUCAAACGGCUAUUGGGAAGGAAAAAAUGGAUCCCUAAUGUUUACUUUAACAAUACCUUGUUUAUCCAGCUAAUUACUUAUAUAAAACAUUUGUGGGAAGACUUUUUGUGCCAAAUAAAUGUCCAUAUGUAGUUAAAAUAUGUCUGUCUAAAGUAUGUUGAGAGCAUGUGUAUAUCCUGUAACAGUAUGUGUGACUGACAAAGCUUUACUGCACUCGUUCCCUUUGAGGAUGCUUAAUUUACAGUAUGUAUUAUAUUUUAGUUCCCUAUGCUAUGUUUGACUCCUACAGCCAGUGAGUUAGUUACACAUUAGUCGUGUCCCGGCUAAAUAUUGCAGAGAACAAGAUGUGAAAACAAACCCUUAAGGUUUAAAGGCCUGCAUUAAAUAUUUUUGUUUGAUUAUUUUAUCCCGUAUCUUUUAAUGAUCCAGGAUGUUUAGCUUCUGGAAAUAUGUAGUGAAAUUCACUAAACUCUGCAUUAUUCAGCCCUGUUCACCUGGACUGUCUGACGGUGGAAGUUAGUCAAUCAGUGUUGUUUAUUUUCCACCUUCAGUAUUUAGGUGUUGCCUGCUCCUGUGGGAGUUGUACGUUUCUUACAUGUGGUUUAACAUGAAUGUAGAGAUGUGUAAUCUCUGUUUUUUUUCCUUGCAAACUUUUUUCUUUUUAGAGGCAAACAAAAUGUGUAAGCAUCAUCUUGUUUUACCUCCUGUUUAUGUUGUUUUUAAAAUGCCUCAGGUUGGAAUUCAAGAUAUUUUUAUUUUUAAAGACAAAGCUUUUAUGAAUUGAUAUUGAGAGACAUUUUCGAUAGAUCCUUCCUAUGCUGUGAUGAUUUGCAUUUCCACAUUAAAAAGACUGGCAAGUAUCUAAUCAAU